UCCACUGAAAUGGCUAACUUCAGCCAGGAUAGAGGUGACAAAGCAUGUGCAGCAAAAAAUAUUGCGGCAGAAAGCCCGAAAUAUCAUUCUCUUUCUCGGAGAUGGAAUGUCAAUAUCAACCAUCACGGCGGCGCGAAUUCUCAAAGGGCAAAAAGCCGGUUUCCUCGGCGAGGAACAAAAACUUAGUUUUGAAAGCUUCCCAUUCACCGGUUUAUCCAAAACUUACUGCGUGGAUAGACAAGUGGCUGACUCAGCAAGCACGGCUACAGCCUAUUUUACGGGCGUUAAGACGAAUUACGGGAUGCUGGGUGUCGGACCAGCUGUGUCCAGAGGCGACUGCAAAGGCAUGAACGAGGCCCAAAAUCGAUUGACAUCCAUCGCUACUUGGGCACAGGCGAGCGACCGGAUCGCAGGGCUCGUAACCACCACCAGGGUGACGCAUGCAUCACCUGCAGGGAUGUACGCUCACGUGGCUGACCGGGGCUGGGAGUCGGAUGCUGACGUCAUUAAGGACAAACUGGAUCCAUCCGAGUGUGAGGACAUCGCUAGCCAACUGGUAACCAAGUUACCAGGUAUGGACUUACGGGUUAUUUUAGGCGGUGGUCGGCAAGAAUUUCUGCCAAAAUCGAUGACAGACGAAGAAGGGAAAAAUGGAAACAGGAAAGACGGCAGAAAUCUUAUCGAUUUGUGGAAAUCGAUUAGAAUAGCGAACAGUCAAAAAGGGGAAUACGUUUCUGAUAAAGCAUCCUUG